AUGGAAUCUGUGAGGAAUUCAAAUGUUGGGUAUAUUUAUGAUCAGAGGUUAACACUGCACAGUGAAGAGCGUAAUGUUUAAGCAGCUAGGCAUACUUUUCCGGAAUUUCCUGAAAGGGUGCGAUCAAUUCACAAUAAUUUUGAAUCAAAAGGGCUACUAUCGCAUUGCAGAUCCUUAAAUAUCACCCCGGCAGACCCAGAUUUUGUAAAGACAAUUCAUCAGGCAAGUCUAAUUGAGCGUCUCUUAGACUUGAAAUUUGAAUAUGAUGACACGAUGAAUCCUGUGCCAAGGAAAAAAGGAGUAAAAUACACAAUGGGCAGGCAGCUUUACGAUAACGAGCACACUUCAGAUUGCAUAUUUCUGUCUUGUGGAGGAGCUAUUAAAGCUGUUGACACAGUCUGAAAAGGGCAAGUAAGCACUUGUUUUGCAAAUAUUCGACCGCCUGGCCAUCACGCAUCCUUUUCUGAAAUUGGCGGCUUUUGCUAUGUGAAUAAUGUAGCAGUAGCAGCAAAGCAUGCUUUAUCGUUAGGAGCUCGAAAAGUCCUUAUCUAUGAUUGGGAUGUGCAUCAUGGCAAUGGGACUCAAGAUAUUUUCCAAAAUGACCCAGAUGUGAUGUAUAUUUCUGUUCAUAGGUAUAGGAGUUUUCUCUAUAUGGUCCGAUAAGGGCCGUGGGUUCUCCGUGGAAUCCCUCUGCUGGUUGAGCCAACCAGUGAAUUGGUCAAACUAACGCACUGAGUUGGUUUGACCAACAGAAGGAUUCCACGGAGAACCCAUGGCCCUUAUCGGGCCAUAUAGGGAAAACUCCUAUAUGACAACGCUGCUUUUUACCCUUACUUAAAAAAAGCUGGCUCAGACUUUUGUGGAACUGGAGAAGGUCGAGGGAGAAGCUUUAAUAUCGCAUGAAAUACUGAAGAAACAGGGAAAUUGUCAGGAAUUUCAGAUGGAGACUACAAGCAUGCGUUUGAUAAUUUAAUUAUGCCAAUUGCAACACAAUUCAACCCAGAUAUUGUGCUGGUUUCUGCAGGAUUUGACGCAAUGAAAGAUGAUCCUGUGGGAAACUUGUCACUCAGUCCGGCCAUUUAUGCCUACAUGACGAAGCAGCUGCAAGAGCUUGCUCAUGGAAAAUUAGCUUUGAUAUUAGAAGGAGGGUAUAAUUUGAAUACUAUGAUGAGUGCAAGUGAAGCUUGCAUGAAGGCUCUUUUAGGGUAUGAAGGGCCCGCGAGUGGAGUAGGAUUAAGGCAUUAUGACCCUGAUACUACAGAGCUAGGAAGAGAAGCAGUAAGGGCUACCUAUGAUGUUGCAAGAGAAUAUUGGGACAUACAGUAG